AUGCAGGCUCUUCAGGUUCUGUCUCUGACUCUGCUGUCUGUGCUGGCGGUCAGCGCUCAGACCAUCAGCUCUGGAAAAUGUCCACAGCCAUCUGUUCAGCAAAACUUUGAUCCUGCUAGGUACAUGGGCAGAUGGCAUGAGAUCAUGAAGAUUCCAGCCCCAUUCCAGUUGGGAGACUGUUGCCAGGCCACUUACACUCUGAGUGAUGGUAUUGUGCUGGUUCGAAAUGAUGAGCUUCUUGCUAAUGGCACUGUCAGCUUCAUUGAGGGAACUGCCAAGAUUGUUGAUGCAUCAGAGCCUGCCAAACUUGAAGUCAGCUUCUUUGAAGAUGCUCCUCCUGGCCCCUACUGGGUGCUGGCUACUGAUUAUGACAACUACACCCUGGUUUACUCUUGCUCUGAUUUCGCCGGGCUCUUUCACGCUGAGUAUUCCUGGAUCAUGAGCAGAACCCGCACACUUCCAAAAGAGACCGUCUCUGAGCUGUUAGGCAUCCUCAAAUCCCAUGGCAUCAACACUGAUGUUUUCACUGAGACCGACCAGAGACUGGAGCUGUGCAGCAGCAUGCCUUGAUAUAGCUGGCUUAUAACUAUUGUGAGAUGUGUUGUUGUGGUUUAAAAAAAACAACAACAAAUGUAAUAUUCCCUACAAAAUUCUCUCAAUCAGUUAUCUGUGGCAUGAGAAUAUGUAUACAUAAAUCUUCAAAGUAAAGUUUGUACAGUACUGAAUUGUAUGUAAACUAAAGUUUUUAGUUUUGUGAGUCUAUUUCUGGUGUCACUUUUCUUUCUUCAAAGUUUGUCUACAAAACAUCUACUGUGUAAUUAAAUCAAAGGUGUUCCUAAUUCA